ACUAUCCACAGUGUGGAAUCGUUUUAUUUUUCCGUUUCAAUUCCGUGAAUCAGCCAAUCGGACGGGAAUCUUCUCUUUUACUGUGCCUAAUAUAAUAUAUACUGUUCGGUUAUUACAUGCACGUGAAUCAUAAAAACAUCGCAUUAUCACGCUGUAAUGAACGCACCUUUAGCUUGUAUUACACCAACUCCAGUCUUCCUGCUAUGUAGACUGCUGUGCAUUCAAAAUAUUACCCGGUUCCCCAAAAUGGUUUUUCGACGUUCUAUUUUUACAUAGAAUGACGAUUCGGAGCGGAUUUACUGAGACAGUAAAAGUUUGGAUACUGUUUCAGCAGGCUGAAUGUGUUACGUUUUGGUGACAAAAAGUGGUUAAAUAAUUGAAAUGGGGAGAAAAUCGUCUGAGAAGAGUAAUAAGAAGAGGCAGAAUGGUGCUCUCAAACAGCAAGAAAAAGAAAUGUAUGCAGAAUGUGAAAAACUAUUCCAAGCCAGCAGCAUUUCAUUAAACAAGAAUCAGUUAUGGGAGAACUAUCAAGAGAUAUCAACAAUUUUAGAAAAAAUAAAAAAGCUGGAAGAGUGUAAAUCAGAUUCAUCAGAUGUGCCAGAACGAGAGGAUGUGAUUGAAGAAUUUGUUGAUUGGCUGCAUAAAAAUGAAGUAAACACUGAUGGUGUUAGUAUUCAUAAGUUUCCUGAUUAUGGAUUGGGUCUAAAAGCCAAUUCAGAUUUAAAUGAAAAUGACCUGAUAUUAAAGAUACCAAGAAAACUUAUUUUUAAUGUAUCUACAGCUGCGGCAGAGCUGAAAGAUCUUGAAGAUGACAUAUUAAUUAAACACAUGCCUUAUGUAGCUUUAGCUAUUGCACUUCUUAUUGAAAAGUAUAAAAGCACUUCUCUAUGGAAGCCUUAUUUGAAUAUUCUUCCAAAAAAUUAUUGUACAGUUUUGUACAUGAGCAUGGAUGAUAUGAUGGAAUUAAAAGAAAGCCCAGCUUUAGAAACUGCAUUGAAACAAUGCAGAAACAUAGCUCGGCAAUAUUCAUAUUUUAAAAAACUUUUUCACAAUUCAAAGAAUUCCGUGUCAAAGUUGUUGGCAGAUGUAUUUACAUAUGAAGAAUAUCGAUGGGCUGUAUCAACCAUUAUGACAAGGCAAAAUGUAAUUCCAAGUGAAAAUCAGUCAGCUAUGGUUCAUAGUUUAAUCCCAAUGUGGGAUAUGUGUAACCAUAGUGAAGGAAAGAUUACUACUAAUUUCAAUGAAAUCUCCAAUUGCUGCGAGUGCUAUGCAAUGAAAAGUUUUAAAACAGAUGAUCAGAUUUUUAUAUAUUAUGGAUCCCGCACAAACGCUGAAUUUUUUGUACACUCUGGAUUUGUUUAUCCAGAUAAUGCAAAUGAUUCUUAUGAGUUACACCUUGGAAUAGGUUCUUCGGAUAAAUUAAGGUCUGAAAAAGUUGAGCUACUAUCAAAAAUCGGAUUACCAGUCUCAAAUCAGUUUCCAUUAAAACCAGAACCAAAUCUACUAACAGGAGCACUACUUGGAUUUCUUAGAGUAUUCAACAUGACUAAAGAUAAUCUAGAUUUUUGGUUAAAAUCAGAUACAAAGCUUGAUAUAGUGAAAAAAGAUUUUUCAUCAGACGAUGUCCUUGAUAAAAGUGUUUUAAAUUUUAUCAUGACAAGGAUAAAGCUUUUACUUACUAAAUAUCGAACGUUAGAAGAAGAUAAGAUUCAAGCUCUAACUGCAUCAGAAGACUGCCGAAAAUUAGUUUUGCAAAUGAAAUUUUCGGAAAAGAAGCUACUCAAUCGUGUUUUAUCAUCUUUGGAAAGUUACUCAAAAGUUUAAAAUUUUAUAUUUUGUAUAUAAAAAUUCAAAUAAAAUUAAUGAAAUAUAUAGUUUCUUAACUGAACAGACAGUAUUGAGAAAAAAUUCUAA